GUCUCACUUCAGCAUGGACAAAGCAGCUGAACUCAUGUGGCAGCUGGAGGAUUCACCUAACAAAGUAGGACAGCAAGAGCAAAGCCCUGAUGAUGGAGACAGUGCAGAAGUGUUGGGACAGCCUGCAUGCAGCAAGGACAAGGCACCUCAGAGCCAUACCCUCCAGUGGGAGACUCUAGGCAGACAGUUUGUAGAGUAUGAGCAGGUGGCUCCAUUUCUCAUCCCUGAGGAGCAACAGAGAAGGCUGCUGGACUUUCUUCCCCUCUUCUUAAAGGCCUGGGAAGAGUCUGCUGGAGUAAUCAUAUUCCCCAACAUUCAGCUGUUAGCCAGUGAGGUUUCCAAGCUUCUGACAAAAGAAAUUAAGAGGAACCUCAAUGGUAAACCUGCAGAGGAAGCUCGUCUGGCUUUGGAACAAUUGCUACAAAAGAAAGGAGAAGCAGAAGAUGGCCAUUUACUUCUGAAAUCAGUAUAUCUGCUCUCACAGACUGACUUGAGAACUAUGUGGAACAUCAUUGGAUCUGGUCUUCCAGCUGCUCUGAUCCAGUGUCUGUACCUUUUCUUUACUUUUCCUCUGAAGAAAACCAGUGAUGAUGGAGAGACAAGUGAAGAAGACACUGAAACUCAGGAAAUGCUUGUUAAGAUAAUGCUUAACAUGUACAGAGAGGAACAAUGUGUAGAGGAACUUCUAGCAGCUGAUAAGCUUCAAUCAUUAAUUAUAGCAACUGCUUCCCUCUGGGAUAAGUGUAGCCACCCGUGGAAAGUACCUACAGGCCGUGUGCUGAGAACAAUUUCAAAGGCUCAGACCAAAAACAGCAUUGUGCACCUACAAGCUGUAGACUGCAUUAAAAUAGCUAUUCAGAAUCUCUUUAAACUGGCUGAUACCCUGCCUGCUUGUGAUGUGUGUGAAGCUGCUAGUAUUGUCUUGUGCUUUGUGAAAGAUUCGUAUCCCAUAUCAUCAGCUUUAUUAACAGAAUUUGAAAGUAAUGACGGCUACCAACUCCUGCUAAAAGUUUUACUCAGAUGUGAGGGGUUGCAGCAAAAUGAAGGAGACCCCUAUCUGGAUGAGAUUUUGGACAUGCUGACUUGCCUUACAACCUGUGGGAAAACUGAACUGAAAGUUUCUGGCAAUAUUGUACACCCGCAAUUACCGCAUUUUGAUUUUGAACGGACACGGUCUUCUGGAAUGACAGUGAAAAAUCUCCAGGCUUUUCAGGUGUUGCAGUCCAUUUUCCAGAAAAGUAAUGAUCAGCAUCUGUGUGGAAGAAUCUUGGCAGCAAUUGGUACCAUAUGGGCCUGGGACACAGUGAACUACUUUCUUCUGGAAUGGACACUACAACCUAUCAACCAGUUUACUGACAUAAUCCAUUUCAAACCACACCCAGUCCAAGUCCAGUUCUUCAAACUGGUGGAGUCCAUAGUGCUAGAUCUGUCCUAUGUCCCCCAUGAAAUUUUGAAGAAGGUUCAGUAUUUGAUAAAGGAAAACUUAGUGCCAUUCUGCACCUUAACAGCUCUCCGGUGCCUUCUCAGCAUGACCAUGAAGGACCUGUUAUUCAGCGACAUAUUCCGUGACUCUGGGCUUUUAGGCCUACUGCUGGCACAUUUGAGGAAGCAAGCCAAGAUCCUGAGAAAGUCAGCUGGAACCCAUUUACCUGGUCUGGAAGAAGGCACUGAGAAGGAAUUAAAUGCUGUGAUGCUGAAGAUGGUGGCUGCUCUUACAGUGGGGUCUGUGAGGAACACAGUUAUUCUGAAAGACUAUGGAAUGGUGCCAUAUAUCAAGAUAUUUUUGGAUGAUGAGUGCUACAGGAAUGCUACUCUCAGCAUCUUGGAGCAGCUAUCAGUCAUCAACUAUGAAGAAUAUAUGAGGAUUAUUAUUGGGGCCCUCUGUUCUUCUACUCAAGGAGAACUACAUCUGAAACUUGAUCUGCUGAAGUCACUCCUGAGGAUACUGGAGAGUCCCAAGAGCCAUUCAGCUUUCAGAACCUGCAGUGGAUUCAAUGGACUCCUGUCCCUUCUUUCAGACAUGGAAGGUGCAUUGCAGGACCCUCCACCUGGGCUGUGGGCAGCAGUUGGACAAAAUUGCGUAUUGGAGCUUGUUUUCUACACACUUCAGGGGAUAACUGCAGCCUUGCACUUGGACCCCGUCAACAGCAACUUCUUUGAGAGGAAUGGUCUCUUUGAAAAGAUGGCAGAGGAUCUCGGUUCUCUUGGAUGCUUCUGGACACAAGGGGAAUGGCAAAUCCCUCUGAGCCUAGAGAAGACAAGGACAUUUGCAGAAUUUUUGAAUGCAGCUUUCUGCUCUUCGGAACCUUUCCCAGUGUGGCUAAAGAACUGCAUAUGGAUUCUGAAUUUUCUUGAUCACAUGGUCAAAGGAACACUCCAUCUGGAGUGCUACUUCAAAGAGAGAAAGUCAGAGAUGGGAGAAGCAUCAGGAGAUGACCAGGAGGGACUACAAGUUCAAGAAGAACAUCCUGUUGCUUUCAAAAGACCAGGCAAAAAAUUACCUGCUUCUGCCUACAGGCUAUGGGGAAACCCUGAAGAGAAAUGGGAAAUGGGAGACUGCGACAUUGUACAUCCAGGUGCUGUGUGUGUAAUGGUGAGGUUGCUGCCAAAGCUGUACAAAGAGGGACAUGCUCAGCUUUCACAGGAAAUUCAAUAUGCUGUGGUUGAUCAUAUCCAGUCCCUGGUGAAGUCAGAGAAAAGUCGACAGGUGAUGUGUGGAUCUGGCUUGCUGAGCACCAUCAUAACUUCCUGUCAGGAUGCCUUCUGCGAUGAGAGCCAUCCACUGCAUCUGCCCCUCACUAGAGUGUUUGAGAAGCUUGCAUCACAGGCUAUUGAGCCAGCUGUGUUAAGCAGCUCUCCUUGGGUGUCUAAGGGAUCUGCAUUGGCACUCCAGACUGCAAUGAGUCUCAUCUCCAUGACAUCACCUCGAAACUUCCAGCUCCACAGCACUGCUUUGGCUCCAUCGUUUGUGGAGUUUGACAUGUCCAUGGAAGGAUACGGGUGUUUAUACCUGCCUGCCUUGGCCACUGUCAUGGGACCCAGUGCAGAGCAAUCUGUCUCAGGAGGAAUUGGCAUGGGCACCAGAAUGUUCCCUCCCUCAGGUGGCCUGACACUCUCCUGCUGGUUUUUGGUUAUCAAGUUUGGUUUGGUGCACAACAGUCACCCACUCCGUUUCCUCACAGUCGUGAGGCACAUGUCAAGAACAGAGCAAGAAUUUAUUUGCUUUUCAGUAAGCUUUUUCCCACAGGAUCAUUCUUUGGUCAUUUCCACAGAAGAAGUGGAAUUCCAGCCGCUCGAUAUCAUGGAACCUGAGGGUGAGGUCCUACAUCCUUCUCCAUUUCCAGGGCAAGUCCAGUUUGACUGUGGCAAGCUGCUGGUCAUUGGCCAGUGGCAUCAUCUCACAGUGACAGUUGCUAAGGAAGCAAAGAAGAGCUGCUUUGUGUCUGCUUAUAUAAAUGGUCAGAUGGUUGGUUCAGCAAAGAUGCAAUAUCUCCAGCCCUUACCAGGUAGCUGUAUUUCCAUGGAACCCUCUUCCUUUGUCGAUGUCUAUGGGUACAUAUCUACUCCUCGGAUUUGGAAACAGAAGUCCUCCUUGACCUGGCGCCUUGGCCCGACAUACUUGUUUGAAGAAGCCAUCUCUGUGGAAGCCAUGGAAGUGAUUAAUAAGCUUGGUCCACAGUACUGUAGCAGUUUCCAAGCAGUACAGCUUCAAGGUGAGGACAAGUACAGUGACCAUAAUCCUGUACCUCUGGUGGCAGAAGAGAAGAUUUCUUUUGGAAUCAAUGCCAUGUGCUCGUCUCUUACUACAGUCCAAGACAUAAAGAGCUCCUACAAUGACGUGGAUGGCCGUCUGAUUGCUAAAGAGAUUGGGAUUAAUGCUCGGGACGGUUCAACUCCAAUAUUCCUAGCUAAGAAUAUUGCUGGACACCUCUCUGGUUCCUUGAGAACUAUUGGGUCAGUUGCUGUGGGCCAAUAUGGGGUCAGAGUGUUCCAGUCCUCUCCAGCAGCUACUAGCCUGAACUUCAUUGGAGGCCCUGCUAUUCUCCUGGGUCUCAUUGCUAUGGCCCGUGAUGACCACACCCUGUAUGCAGCUGUCAAAGUCCUGAACUCCAUCCUGAACAGUAGCCCAAUGAGUCAAAAAUUGAUGAAUCACAUGAAUGGAUAUCAGUUGCUGACCUAUCUAUUGAAGAGGAAGAAGCAGCUGUUAAACAACAGGAUUUUACAGCUAAUGUUCUCCUUAGUGGGUACAGCUGAGCUUGGCUUGGAGUCUUCAGUCAUCAAGAACUGUAGCGCAUUCCAGUAUGUUCUCUGCAACUUUGAGCUUUGGAUGAAAGCACCAGAAAAUCUUGACCUUGCUCUUUUUUCACAUCUGGUGGAGAUCUUGCAGUCCUCCAGAGAUGGAUGUCAGAAUGCUGCAGUUGCCUACCAGGUGCAAAUGGUGCCCAAGCUUCUUUUCCUCUUCAAUGAUCCUGAAAUCAGUAACUCCAAGAUCACUGUGGCCUGCACUAUUCUCUCCCAUCUGUUGCAAGGAUACUUUAACACAAGGGAUGUUCUCAGGAUUGGAUUGUUCCUUGUUUACACUUUGAAACCUUCUUCUGUGGAUGAAAAUCAGAUUUGCCUGGAUGGUGUGUCUGAGUUGCAUAAUGAAGCCUUAAGCCAAACAUCUGGAAAGACAAUCUGGCUUCGAAACCAGUUACUGAAGAUGCUGUUAGAUGUAAUGCGCUCAGACAAACUUCAUCUGUCCUCUGAGGAACAAGAAGAGACAUUUUUGGCACUGGGGCCAGACUGGUUUCUGCUGUUCACACAGAGUUACCUGCACUCUAGCACAGUUGUACUAGGAAUGAAGCUACUUCUGUGCUUCCUUCACAAUCGUUUGCUGCUGAACAGAUUCAAGGAGGGGAUAGUGGCUGGGCGCUGGCUGGAAAACAGCUCUGUGGGGUUGAGUAUUCUAAUGGAUAAUUUAAAAAAUCAUCCUCCAGCGCCUGACAAUGGCUUCUUCUUGAUUUUUGGGUUUUCUGUGUUGCAAAGAUGUCUGACUGAUCAUGUCCACAUUCCUGAGAUCUACUUGCUCAUGGCAGAGCUCUUUCUGGCAACUCCCCAGUCUGAACCACCUGAAGCAGCCAAGAAAGAUCUUGACUCUAUGUUGGAGUGGAUCUUGCAGCACCAUCUUACAGAGAAUGUCCUCAAAAUUGGAUUGUGUGCAGAGGCAGCUGCUCUACUGCUGGAAAUGGUUAGAGUCACUGUGGACAAGCCUGUUGCAGAUGCAGAAGCCUCCUGGGAGAUGGCCUAUCCAGGGAAUGUUAUCCAGUUUCUGUGCUUGAUCUAUCACAGUUAUACUCAGGACCCUGUGUGGCACUGUCCUGACUUCUUGAAAUCUUUGGCUAUGGUUGCUUUCCAUUCUGGACCACCCAAGAGAGGCUCUGAAAGCAUUUUGACUCCUGAUGGUCCAGUCAUUGCUGAAGGGAAAGGCUGUGUUGAUGCCUCCUCUCUCCUGCUCCUACCACACCCUGCCAAGAAACAAGUGUGGGAUUUUGUGCGAGUCCUCCUGAUGGACAGUCUUCUCAACAUCCCAGCAAACAAACAAGGGCAUCCACUUGAGCUCCUUCUUGAGGUUUCUCCAGAGGAUGCUACCACUGAGCAGAAGAGACAUUUUCAGACAAAAGUUUUACUGUCUGCUAUGGAUGUCUUCUGUGUUACCAGCCAAGGCGAGGGGAAAACAAGACUGAGGGGGAACAGUGAUCCUCAUGGCACUUCGGAAUCAACUGCAUCUGUAUCAAUGAUGAAUAUUGCUUAUUUUGCCCAAAAGCUGGUUGAGAAGCUGAACAGCAGAAUGUUUGCUGCUGACCCCAAGCAAAUCCUGAUCUUCAUUGCCAAACAGAUUAUGGGGGUCUUAGAAAGCUCCGUUUCUCAAAAAGAAGUUAUCCUCAGUGCUCUAUACAGCUGUCUAAACAGAGCCAUCCUAUCCUGCCUAUCCAGACCACAACAAUCACUGCCUGAACAAUUUAAUGUCCUGAACACCCUCAAUGUCCUACAGGAGCAAUGGGACAUUAUUUUUGCAACUUACAACUCAAAUAAUAAUUUCAUCAUCUGCCUAAUGUACUGCCUUUGCCAACUGAAUUCGGGCAGCAAUCCAGAAGGUUUUGGGGUGGAUGCAAAACCAAAGCUGGCUUCAUAUCACCAAAUUUUCCUUGCACCCAGUGAAGAGGAAAAGGGCAGCCUGCCUACUCCAGAUGAUGUCCAUCAGGAGAUUCUGGGAAUGGUAGAAAUCAUCUGGAAGCAGCUAAUUUCUCAGAGGCGACAGGCUCUGGAGGACACUUACAAGAUGGAUCUUUCUGUAAAAGGAAGUGACCGAGAAAGGGACAUGAAGAUAAUGGAGAUCACUCCUUUAUGGGAAGAAAUUAUGACAAAAGCUUGGCAACACUUGAUAGCAUCUGAAAAAAAGAUUCUUCAGAAUAAAGCAGGGCCAGGCCUCUCACAGAGCAAGCACAGUUCCUGGAGUGAAAGCCUCUCUUCAGCUAUUAGGCUUAUGCCUGGCCGAAACACAAAGGAGAUGACAUGUAAAUCUGAGGGAUUUGUGUCAUGUAUGGAACGUUACAGAAGAAUUGGGCAGGAGCUGUAUGCCUCUUUGUACAAGAACCACAUACAGAUGCUGCAGUGUGGUUACAGCAAAGCAGCCAAGGACUGGAUGGUACUUGAGGAGCAACUUUUCUACACAAGGGGCCCGUGGGGAGGUGCAUCACGAUCCUUAGAGCCACGAUGGAUUCUUGAUUGUUAUGAAGGGCCUUCACGAAUGAGGAGGAGGAUUCGGCAUGUGAACACCCAAGCACCAAUGAUGCAAAUGAAGAGAGAACUGACGUUAAAUGGAGCAGAAAGGGAGAUGGAUAAGAAGGAAUCGGAUUGUAACCAGCUAACAUUCUUCCCUGCUCUUCAUGAAAGUUUCCACUCAGAAGACUUCUUGGAACUGUGUGUGGAGAGACAAAUUAUACUGCAGGAGUUUGCAGAAGGUGAAAAGGUCACAUUCAAGUGCUCUGUGGCAGUCGUGCAGGGGCAUACAGCAUUGGAAGGUGUGCUGCUCUUCGGCAAAGAGCACUUUUACAUCUGCGAGUGCUUUGUGUUAUCCCCUCUAGAAGAAGUCUACUGUACGCGUCACUGCUUGUCCAGCAUCAGCGAUCCAUUUAUUUUCAACUUAUGUCAUAAAGAUCAUGCUGUGGGAGAGCAGAGGUGUUCCUGUUAUUCAUAUCAUGAUAUAAAAGAGAUUCAUCUGAUGCGCUUUCUUCUGCAGGAGAUUGCCUUGGAAAUAUUCUUCAAAAAUGGUUAUUCCAGAUUUCUUGUCUUCCACGACGGUGACCGAAAUAAGAUAUUUAAGAGAUUUUGCUCUUUCCAACCUGCUUUGAAGUCGAAGGGGAUAACAGAAGAGUCCCUGAAUCUGAGGUAA